GGUGGGGCCGCCGGGCCGCCAGAGGGAAGGGAGCGCAGAGACCGGCCGGCCAGAGGGAGGCUGGGCUGGGGGCUGGGAAAUGCUGGCUGUUAGAAAGGGAGGGGCUGGCGAGUAAAAGGAUGGACGCUGGGAAGGGGACGCAAGGGGACAGGAGCGAGCCCGCCGGCGAGGGGCCCUGGCUGUGAUCCAAGUCACCACCGAACCUGGCGCGGGCUGGCGGGAGGUCGGCGGGGACCAUGGGCGCCUCGGCCUCCCGGGGCCGGCCCGCCCGGGUCCCCCCGCCGGAGCCCGAGCCCGAGGAGGCGCUGGACCUGAGCCAACUGCCACCGGAGCUGCUCCUGGUGGUGCUGAGCCACGUGCCCCCGCGCACCCUGCUGGGGUGCUGCCGCCGGGUGUGCCGGGGCUGGCGCGCCCUGGUGGACUGCCAGGCCCUGUGGCUGCUCAUCCUGGCCCGGGACCACGGCGUCCUGCUGCCGCUCGCCCGCAGCUGCCUGCCCCCGGCCCGCGACGGCAGGCCCAGCCUCCUGGGCCGCUUCUGCGAGCGCCGCCCGAUCGGACGCAACCUCAUCCGCAACCCCUGCGGCCAGGAGGGCCUCCGGAAGUGGAUGGUGCAGCACGGUGGGGACGGCUGGGUGGUGGAGGCAAACAGGUCAACGGUGCCCGGGGCCCCCUCGCAGACCUGCUUCGUGUCUUCCUUCAGCUGGUGUCGCAAAAAGCAGGUGUUGGACCUGGAGGAGGAGGGUUUGUGGCCAGAGCUACUAGAUAGUGGCAAGAUUGAGAUUUGUGUCUCUGACUGGUGGGGAGCCCGACACGACAGUGGCUGUAUGUACCGACUCCUUGUCCAACUUCUAGAUGCCAACCAGACUGUCCUGGAUAAAUUCUCUGCUAUGCCCGUUCCCAUCCAACAGUGGAACAACAAUGUCUGCUUUCAGGAAGGAAGGAAGAAAGACAAGAAAGAAAGAAGAAGGAAGGAAAGAAGGGAAGGAAGGAAGGAAGACCUUUUUGCUGGGAUGCCUGGUUGGCUCAAUCAGUUGGACAUCUGCCUUCGGCUCAGGUCAUGAUCCUAGGGUCUGGGAUCGAGCCCCACGUUGGGCUCUCUGCUCAGUGGGGAGCCUGCUUCUCCCUCUGCCUGCCACUCCCCCUGCUUGUGCUCUCUCUCUCUCCAUGUCAAAUAAAUAACUAAAAUCUUAAAAAAAAAAAAAAAAGGCCUGUUUGCAAAGUUGGUCCUUAGCUGGCAUCUGGGAACUUGAAUUUUGGAAGUGUUCCCACCAUUACCUAACUGAUAAGGGUGGCUCUUGGCGCUUAGACUAUUUGUGCAAACAGUAUGGUUUAUGCUGAACACUUGCUGUCAUUCUGGGGGUCUGGGAUUUUGGUACAAGCCAGGCAGAAAGAAGGUGUCUGUAGGACUAACCCCCCAGUGAAACCCUGGGGUGCUGAGUCUCUGAUGAGCUUCCCUGGGCAUCACACACCUGCUGCUACAUUUUUGUUGCUGGGUCAAGAGUACACUCUGCAUGACCCCUCAGGGGAGGGAGAGGACCCAAGGAACCUGCCCAUAACCCUCCAGUGUCUGUAUCUUUUUCCCUUAUGAUCCAGCUGUGCCUACAACCGCACCCCUGUGAGUACAACUAUGUACUGAGUUUCAUGAGUCCUGGCAAAUAUCUGAGCAUGGGGUAGUCCUGAGAUUAUACACACAGACACACACACACACAGACACACACACACACACGUUGGUUUGUUUUCUAUAUGACAUUUUGAGAGCUUAAAAGGCCUUUUUGGGGCGCCUGGGUGACUUGGUCGGUUAGGCCUCUGCCUUUGGCUCAGGUCCUCAUCCCAGCGUCCUGGGAUAGAGCCCCACGUCGGGCUCCCUGCUCAGUGGGGAGCCUGCUUCUCCCUCUACCCUUCCCCACUGCUCAUGAUCUCUCUCAUUCUCAAAUAAAUAAAUCUUUAAAAAAAAAAAAAAAGACCUUUUUGGCUAGGGAGACAUUGUGCCUUCUAGCCAAUUCUUAGAGACAGCAAAGAACCCAGCCUGAGAAUGCCUUUGAUACACAAACGAACCAAUCCAGAGCCAGACUUCCUCCAACCGGCUCCUGGCACUGUUCCUCAGCCUCAUCACCCAAGGCCCAGGCAACUAGGGACCACCCCUACUGAAAUCACGCACACUGACCAGUCCUAAAUGGUUCACCCUGCCCUGCCAUUCCAGAGGAACCCCAAUAAAGGCCGUGGCUUAAACCUUCCCCUACGUCCUGCCUCCUGCCUCCUGCCUCCUGGCCAUGCUGUCUUUCCCAUGGGGCCCUGCACGGCACCCCUCCUGUCUCCCGGACCCGAGUGUAAUAAACCAGUUUCCCGAGCCUCUCCUCCAUCUCCCCUUGUGCCUGCACCCAACACACCAUCUUGUGAAAGAAUACGAAACAAUAAAAUGUAUGCUUGUAAUACACGCUAGAGAGAUCAUCCAGAUCAGGGAGAGCUACUGCAAAAACAAGGGGUGUGUGUGUGUGUGUGUAGGUGCGUGCGUGGGACACUCUUCUUUUUGCAGCCAAUGCGGUAUUGGAAAUAAGCACAAGGCUCUGUAAAUAAUGAUUUUUGCUAUAAUUUUGGCCUGUUGGAGCCUUUAGAGAAAAGGAGGCAAGAUGCAGAGAGGCCACUUUCGAUCUACAGGCAAAUGCCCCUUUGGAGUUUUAUUUUACCUUCAGUUUGAUUGUUAGUUUUUUUAAAUAGAUCUUUUUUUAAAGAGCAGUUUGAGGUUCAUGGUGAAAUUGAGCAGGAAGUGCAGAUCCAGUAUAUUCCUCUCCCCACAUGGAAGCCUUCCCCACUACCAACAGUCCCCACCAGAGAGGGACAUUUGUCACAAUCCCUGAGCGUACAUCAACAUGUUAUUUAUGACCCAGAGUCCAUUGUUCACAUUAGGGCUCACUCUUGAUGUCAUACAUGGUAUGGGUUAGGACAAAUGUAUGAUGACAUGUAUCCACCAUUAUAGUAUCACAUGGAAUAGUUUCACUGCCCUAAAAACCCUGUUCUGCCUGUUCGUCCCCUCCCCCCUCCUCCCCGACCUCUGGCAACCGCUGAUUCUUUUACUGUCCCCAUAGUUUUGCCUUCCAGAAUGUCAUAGCUGGAAUCAUACGGUAUGUAGCUUUUUUUCAGAUUGGUUUCUUUCACUUAGUAAUAUACACUUAAGGUUCUUCCAUGUCUUUAUAUGGCUUGAUAGCUCAUUUGUUUUUAGCCCUGCAUAAUAGUCCAUCGUCUGGAUGGACCACAGUUUACUUAUCCAUUCAGCUACUGAAGGACAUCUUGAUUGCUUCCAAGUUUGGGCGAUUAUGAAUAAAGCUGCUUUAAACAUCUGUGUGCAGGUUUUUGCAUGUGGACAUAAGUUUUCAACUCUUUGGGGUAAAUGCCAAGAGGCUUGAUUACUGGAUCAUAUGGUAAGAGUAUGUUUAAUUUGGUAAGAAACUAUCUUCCAAAGUGGCUGGACCCCAUUGUUCAUUCCCACCAACAAUGAAUGGGAGUGAGUUCCUGUUGCUCCUCACCCUCAUCAGCACAUGGCGUUGUCAGUGUUCUGGAUUUGGGCCAAUCUUUUUUCUUUU